GUCUGGUAUAAGUUCAGUUUACUCCCCGACUCUCGCUCUGCCAAUUCUUGGCUGCUUUCUCGACAAGAACAUCUCUCAUAGAACAGAACCGACGCGACAACAUCCACCAUGCUGACCUUUAGGCGGCUCUUCACCACCGCCAUCGUCCUGGUGGUGGGCCUGCUCUUCUUCGUCAAGACGGCCGAGGCCGCCAAGGGCCCCAAGAUCACCCACAAGGUCUUCUUCGACAUUGAGCACGGCGACGAGAAGCUGGGCCGCAUCGUCCUGGGCCUGUACGGCAAGACGGUCCCCGAGACGGCCGAGAACUUCCGGGCCCUGGCCACCGGCGAGAAGGGCUUCGGCUACGAGGGCUCGACCUUCCACCGCGUCAUCAAGCAGUUUAUGAUUCAGGGCGGCGACUUUACCAAGGGCGAUGGCACCGGUGGCAAGUCGAUCUACGGCAACAAGUUCAAGGACGAGAACUUCAAGCUGAAGCACACCAAGAAGGGCCUGCUGUCCAUGGCCAACGCGGGACCCGACACCAACGGCUCCCAGUUCUUCAUCACCACUGUUGUUACCUCAUGGCUCGACGGCCGACACGUCGUCUUCGGCGAGGUUCUCGAGGGCUACGACAUUGUUGAGAAGAUUGAAAACGUCCAGACCGGCCCCGGCGAUCGCCCAGUGAAGCCGGUCAAGAUUGCCAAGAGCGGCGAGCUGGAGGUUCCCCCCGAAGGUAUUCACGUCGAGCUCUAAACUGUCUCACUGCCUGCACACACGCACUCGUACACGCACACGCACACGCACACACAAACACGGUGUCUCCAACUCUUCCGUCCCCUGUCACUUGGUAUGCUGAUGAAUUUGGUUUGAAAUUCAGAGCUCCUCGAGACGGCUGGCCUGGUUGACGCAGCGGGAUCCUCGGACGCUGUUGACUCGGACGUUGGCGGUGGAUCUGGAGCGCUGCGAGUGCUGCUGUUUGGCGCCGUUGCUGUCGGCGUUGUCGGCCUCUUUGUGCGAAUGAGGAAGUCGGGCGGCGCUGUGCACGCAAAGUCGCUGGCCUGAUGUAGUGAGAGUGCGAAAGAUGUGAAUAGAGAGUAC